UUGUGACUCUGUGUUUGACUGCUUCGGUCUGUCGGUGUUCAUGAUGGCGUCUGUGACCUCUCCGCUGCGCGCGUGUCGCGGUAUAUUGAAGGAGAUUCGGUUCGUAAAGGGUUCUGGAUACAGACAAACUCUCGUUUAUAAAUAUGUGCUGGAUCAUUUCAGAAGAAAUCAGGUGACAGGCGCACAGUACUGCCGCGCGCACAUGGAUGCUCUUCACGCCGCGUCCACGUAUCAGUGUCUGCUAACGUCCACGCGCAUGCACCUGCAGCUGCACCAGGUGUAUCACGCGCGAGGUGAGCGCGAUCAGGAGCAGAUGGCGAGACUCGUGGGACUGCAACUUCCGACACAACCCGGCGGGAAGGGCUGGGAGACGUAAAGACUGCGCAUGCGUGUGUGAAACUGUGGACUAAAAUGUAAAAUAACCUUGUGGAAAUCAAUUAUUAAAAGCCAGUUUAUGAAAAGUCA